UGGUGCCAGCCAGUGGUGCUACUUCACCUGCAACCCGCUCCUACGCUAAAAAUCAGGGAGCAGCUAGCCAGAAAUCGGAGGACGACAUGGUCAGCAACGAGCCCAUCAAGUUCUUCGGCAGCCAGGCGGCCACUUGGCGGGCCAAGGACACAAGGAGCGGAGGCAGCGAGGAGUCCCUGUGGUACCAGCCCUACGUGAUCUCCGCCAGCUUGGGCGCCUUCCUCCUGUACUUCUGUGCUCUGCGCGAGGAGAGCGACAUUGAUCUGCGGCUGGAGGGCAACUUGUACGACCAUGUCAGCGGCCUGGAGGAGGUUCAGCUGACUGUCAACUACAAGUACAACAAGGAGCAUGGACUGGACACCACGGAGCAGGAGAGUCGGCUCAGGGAACUGGGCAUCGAUCUGGGCCAGUUGGACGCCAAAUUGGCGGCCCAGUAGUUUUAGAGUUGGUUAAUUGUACGUUCUUUGUUUCGUUAAGUGAGCAAGCUGCUUCAAAAUAAACAUUUUUAGAAACUGAAACUAAA